GGAAAACACACACCUGAGUCCCAUGAGUUUUUCAUUGUCCGACAGCAAGGGAGACAACAUGCUUCAAAGUGACUUGUUAUGGGCUGAAAAAGAAAUUGUGUCGUCUCAGGGAGAAAAUGCUGAACUUCAGGAGAUUGUGUCUUCGUUCCCAUCGGUUCUACUUUGUGGUUUUUCUGGUGUUUGGAGCAUGUUUCAUGUUUUACUACAUGGACGUAAAUGAAGUAGUGCCUGAGAGGGACUUUAAAUGGAUCAAAGCUGUCAGAAAUCAUGGAUUAAAUAUUAAUGCAGACAACAGGACUGAUUCUAGAUCUACAUCUGAGCCCAACACUGCUGCUGAGAGUCAGAACAUGACAUCAACACAGGAGGCCGACCCCUCUACACCACAGCAGACUGCACAUCCUUCAGUGGUGGAUCAGAACCCAGCUGUUCCUGAUGUAUCUCUUAGACCAUACUUAGUGGAAUACCCCUACAAGUACAACUUCCUCAUGAAUGAGCCUCAGAGAUGUGAGCAGGAGAAGCCCUUCUUGGUCCUCAUGGUCCCUGUGGCCCCCCACAACCGGAAGCACAGAGACGUGAUCCGCAGCACCUGGGGAGGCCAGAGCUCGGUCCUGGGCAAAGAGCUGAGGCUGUUCUUCCUGCUGGGGCUGCAGACCGGAGACGGGGCCGAGCUGCUGCGAGAGCAGCUGCUGCAGGAGAGCAAAGAGCACCGAGACCUGAUCCAGAGCGACUUCCUGGACUGCUACAAGAACCUGACCAUCAAGACCAUGGUGAUGCUGGAGUGGCUGGACUCUUACUGCUCCAGCGCAUCUUACGCCAUGAAGAUCGACUCAGACAUGUUUCUGAAUGUCCCAAACCUCAUCAAGAUGCUCCUAGAGGCUCCAGAGACAAACUACAUGACUGGACUUGUGGAAUAUGAAGGUGGAGUGUGUAGAGAUAAAUACUCUAAGUGGUACAUACCUGAGGAGCUUUACUCUGAACCAGUGUUGCCACAUUAUGCUCUGGGUCUGGGCUACGUUUUAUCUUUAGACCUCCCAAAAAAGCUGGUGGAGGCAUCCAGACACGUUAGAGCUCUCUACAUUGAAGAUGUGUAUCUGGGUUUGUGCAUGAAGCAUGCAGGGAUCCGUCCCACUGACCCUCCAAGUGGGAACUACUUCCACUUUUUUCCAAAGCCGUACAGCCGCUGUGCUUUCUCCCAGAUAGUCACCACCACAAUCAAUGAAUACAUGGACAGAAUAUGGCUUUGGAUAGACUUUAACAGACCUGGCCCGUACUGCUGAGACGUUCACAACCUGUUGAUUGUUGGAAAUAAGUGUUAAACAGAGCAUGAAGCAGAUGUGGAGCUCCUGUUGUUCUGUCUAUACACAUAUUUAAUUAAUUCAUCUUAUGAAAAGAUAUUUGUCUUUUGUUUUCACUUGGAUGUUAUACAUUAAUAAAGAGAGCCUCAUACAGUUGUGUAAGUUUAACACGUUUAAUGUUGAGAUGUAACUGAGUGGUGGGGAGGUUUUUAGGUUUGGGGGGCGGUGUCGACCUGAAAGUGACGACUAACGACCAUUGAUUACAUAAACCUCACUCCCUCAUGUCACUGAGCUACAAUAGGAGGACUUAUGUGAAGUAUUGAGUAAUGACGCUUUGACUCAAAUGUCUUUAGAGGGUUUUUAUUGUGAAGGCCCUUUUAUUUUGAUGUGCCACUUCCCCAAAGAAAUGGGUUGCUCUGUUUGUUAGCUCAACAGCAAAGGCUGGUGGAUGUUCACUCCACCUGAGUGUUUGUUACUUUGACCAAAUUAAAUAAAUACGCUGCACGGCUGCUGAAGACAA